UGGGUUGAACAUUGAAACUGAAUAUAGAUCGAUCUUAACGAAACCCAUCUUCAAAAAUCACAAGAAGAGAAGACUCCAAACAGCUUAAUGCCUGAAAUUCCGCAAUCGAGGAACAUUAUCCAAGAUGCGUUCACAAUGGUCAAAAUGAAAGAAUUUGCAGAGAAAAGAAAGUUUUGAUCAACAGAGAGAAACAGACUAGCUCUCAAGCUAAGUAGAACGAUUAGCCAUGCAAACACUCCUGAGAAGUCUCAAAGAAAGGGCUUAAAAUAACUCUCAAAAUAUGUUAAAACUGCCAAAAUCACCCAAGAAGUUCCACUUCUCUUUUAGCAGGAGUAAAUCUCCUAAAAGGAAGAAAAUAGUAAAAACCCAGAAGCGCGAAUCAAGGAAUUUGAGGCUGAAUAAAGUCACAAACUUCACAGAUUUAUCCCAAGACCCUUGCCUGAUUUGCUUGAAGAUCCCAAGCGGCAGGGUAAAGAAGAAGUCAUUUAAGAAUGGCAUGAGUAAGCAAGGGGUGAACCCCCUUGCUCAUCUGUCUCCAGUCAAAGAUGUAAGUACCUUCUUAAGCCCUCCUUGAGAGUUUAUUGAUCUUCAAGUGCUGACUCAAUGUAGGGUGAGUCAUGGAGUAACCUAAGUUAUCUAUAAAUCAACCAAAAAGGACUCAAAAGUGUUUACUAAUC